AUGUUCGAUGCUUGCGCGUACUGGGGCCACAAUGAGGCUGACUUGGCCAUUUGCCGAAAUCCGAGGUAUAAACUGGGACCUCCGUUCAUCCGCGAGUACUUGAAGCGCGUAUCCAUUUCCGAACCUACGGCGGACUUUGACAAUAGGAAUGCUGUAUAUGCCAUGAAGUUCCAUGCGCUGCUUUCCAUCUUAUACUUCAAGGAUGGAAGGUUCAGACAGACUUUGAAAGACGAGUUGAAGGCAGUGAUGGCGAAAGUCAAUUCAUCUUCUGCAGAGCCGCCAAAGCAACGUGACCAUGUGCUUUGA